AUGGCAGAGGCAGCACGCACCGUGCGUCACUACGUUAGUGACUGCCUGCAGGAACGGCACCCGUACGAUGCCAAGAAGGCUUUUGCCGGUCGUCCAGAGCGUGACCGAGGGCUGGUGUACAGUGGGAUGCAGCCGCUUAGCACGGACAACUGGAUUGACAGCCUCAGCGACCCCACCGUGGGCAACGCACAGCGUGUGAGGGCACUACGUCUUCUUAUUGCUCACUCUGCCUCUCAAGAAGUGAAAAUAACCCUGCUGCGUAAGGGAAUUGUGCCCGCUGUUGUUGCGGCUCUGAACAAUGCGUCAUCCGCAGAAUUUGAGCGUCAAGCAUUCAGCUUGAUGCGAUCACUUUGUGUACUUCCGCAAGGAUGCCGCAGUGUCAUGGAAGAAGGCGGAUUAGAAGCUGCGAUUCGUUCGAUGCACGAUCGCUCCAACUCUGAGGAGCGUGAAGGUGCGAGAACGAUGGCAGUAAUGGUCCUAUAUCAGAUCAGCUUUAACACGGCAGGUGUUCGUUGGUUAAUGGAGGCCGAUGUACCACCUGGAUUUGAGUUACUAGACGCUCCCAUUGGUUCCUCAACGCUUGUAGUGACUAAGGAAGAUGUAAUUGCAGCCCUUGUUUUUGUUAUUGAAAAUGAUACCCAAACUUUGUCUGAUAUAUUGCUUUACGCCGUCACCUCGCUCGCACAGUUGACGGCACUGACGGAGGGUAUUUUUGCUUCGCUACAGGGCAAUGCUGCUGCUGCGGCUAGCUCCCUUUUCCGCACCUACACUAUGGAGACCUCCUGGCUGGUAGAGGAAGAGAAAAUACGGCUUGUGAUGCAACUUCUCACAGUUAUUUGGAAUAUUUCUCUCGAGCAAACUGGUGUGGAUCAUUUAGAUGAGCUCGGCGUUCCAGACGAUCUUUUCCGGCUUUUCGCUGUUGUUUAUAAAAGUCCCAUCUGGUUGUUUGGUUCACUGUUCCGUGCCUUGACUGGGGCACUAUCCGCGGUCUACAAACUUCUCUCCGUGAAGAUGCGGAGCUUGGAGCCUCUUGACGGUGAAUAUUCCCGCAUCGAGGUCCUUUACAAAUUUCUUCGAAGUAUCAACAGAGACGUGAGCAUGGCAAAGCAUGCGAAGCGGGAGCCACAUCCUGACCUGGUAGCCAUUUCAAAGAAUAUGGUGCUGUGCACACAUUUUGCGGCGGAGGUGAAGGCCGUUCGUGACUUUACGCACAAUUAUUUAAAAGAAAUGGACAGAGAUGGCAGCACAGAGGGAUUCUACUUUCGACGUCAACUGUUUUACUCCACCAAGUGGGAGGAGGAGUUUGAUGCUUCCGUGUAG